AUGAGCGAGGACGCCGCAUCCUCGUCGUCCAGCGCUCGCUCGCACGACCACGGGGGCUCCCCGCGCUGGUCUUCGGUGCAGUCCGCCGAGAGAAGUCCCCGCCGGAGCGUCAUGCGCACCAUGGAGAAGUCCGUCGUGUUCCGCGCGCUGCGCUUGAAGCAACGCGGAGGAUCGAGCGAGACCAACGAUACAGACGUGCACGAGACCUUGACGGAGCUUUACGCCGAGGUGGAGCGCAAGAAGCAGUGGCUAAACAGCGAGGAGGAGACGUUCCGACGAGGCCAGGAACGACUCAGCAGUCUGCAACGGGAGCACGCCGAGCUGCUAGACACGUUGAAGCAGUGCAAGCGACGCCGAAAGGAGCGUGUUCGUAUCCAGGGUAUGCUACGCGGGCCUCAAGCGGAAGAAGAGCGUAAGAGGCUGCGGCGCUUCCAGAGCGACGUGUCGCUGCGGUUCCAGCUUCUGCAGUCCGAGUGUCGCCGCUCCGACCUGCAGGUGGAGAGGGCGAUGGCGGACUUGCGUCGCGAGUAUGCCGACUCGUGCCUCUUUGGCAACUCGUUGAACUUCUAG